AAAGACGAAAGUUAGUUUCACCACUCACCACCACUGCGUCUUUUGCUUCUCUCUCUAUGCCUCUCUCGAGUCUCGAGCCUUUUCCGACUGUUACAGACAUUGAGGCUUGAACUAGCAAGAAGAAACGAAGGCCCUAAAAGUCGCAGGAAAACCUGCUUCGAGAAAUGGGUUCUCUUCUCUUACCCAUUAUCAGAUUCCUCUCCAAGUUCACAUCUUUGGCCAUUUUGAUUCUGUUUCUGCUUUCUUGCACCAGCAUUACUUCAACAGAGGCCUAUGAUGCACUUGACCCGACUGGAAAUAUCACAAUUAAAUGGGAUAUUAUUAGUUGGACUCCCGAUGGUUAUAUGGCUACUGUUACAAUUUACAACUUCCAGCAGUAUCGCCAUAUUGAAGCACCAGGAUGGCAGUUGGGAUGGUCAUGGGCAAAGAAGGAGGUAAUAUGGUACAUGAUGGGGGGCCAAACAACUGAGCAAGGAGAUUGUUCGAAAUUUAAAGGCAGCAUUCCACAUUGCUGUAAAAAGAACCCAACAGUUGUGGAUUUAAUGCCAGGAACUCCAUACAACAUGCAGAGUGCAAAUUGCUGUAAAGGGGGAGUAAUCAGUUCAUGGGUGCAAGAUCCAGCCAACGCAUUAAGCUCCUUCCAGAUCAGUGUUGGUUCAGCUGGAACCACUAACAAAACUGUCAGGUUGCCUGUAAACUUUACCCUGAAGGCACCGGGGCCUGGUUAUAGUUGUGGUCCUGCAAAAAUUGUCAGACCAAGUACAUUCAUCACUGCUGACAAAAGGAGAGUCACACAAGCAUUGAUGACUUGGAAUGCAACAUGCACAUAUUCACAAUUCCUGGCUCAGAAGACUCCUACUUGCUGUGUCUCACUUUCAUCCUUCUACAAUGACACAAUUGUACCCUGCCCAACCUGUGCCUGUGGCUGCCAAAACACUUCUCAGUCAGGGACAUGCGUGGAUCCAAUGGCACCCCAUUUAGCAUCAGCUGUUUCAAGUGCCGGGAAGAACAGUUUAGCACCUCUGGUUCAGUGCACAAACCAUAUGUGUCCUAUUAGAGUUCACUGGCAUGUUAAACUCAACUACAAGGAGUACUGGAGGGUUAAGGUCACAAUCACAAACUUCAACUACAAUAUGAACUAUACUCAGUGGAACUUGGUUGUCCAACACCCCAAUUUUGACAAUCUUACCCGGAUUUUCAGCUUCAACUACAUGUCAUUAACUCCUUAUGCAGUUAUAAAUGAUACUGCCAUGCUGUGGGGUGUUAAGUUCUACAAUGAUUUGCUCAUGCAAGCUGGCCGUGCUGGUAAUGUACAGUCGGAGCUACUUUUCAGAAAGGAUCAAUCAACUUUCACUUUCGAAAAGGGUUGGGCCUUCCCUAGAAGGAUCUAUUUCAAUGGCGAUAAUUGUGUCAUGCCACCUCCUGAUUCCUAUCCAUGGUUGCCAAAUGCCAGUUCCCGCCAGCUUAUCUCCUCUCUCACCCACAUCACAACUUUCCUUUCUGCACUAUUAUUGUACGGACUAGCUUAAGUUUAACACAUUUUUGACCGGAUAAUUAUGGGGAAACCCAGGAAGGCAAGUGAAAAUGCACGUGUUUGCGAAACCAUGUUAGUCAUAGCGGUCUGAGGUAUGCUUUUAUGUGUCAAAACACACUAGUUUCCUUCAAACAAGUGGUAGGUUGGGUGACUUCUUUUCUAUCUAUAUCGAUAUCAAAAAUAUGAAUGCGGUUGUAUCUA